UUUGGCACAUUAUUUACAUUUUGAGUGAGGUUGUGAUCAAAUGGCAUCUUCAAAAAAUUUGCUCUUUCUUAUUGGUGUUCUCUUUGCACUUGUGCUCCAUAUUUCCUCUGAUGCAACAGCUGCAGAUCAGAAGAGCGUGAAUACCACUGGUGUCCACGAUGCCAGUUCAGGCGAGGUUCAUCAGGAUAGCAUAAGCGAAGAUCGUUGCAGACAUGGUUGCUGCCACUGGUACCAUGGACGCUGCCAAAGAUGCUGUCAAACUGCCGAGGAGACCCCUGAAGCCACAUCCGGAGAUGAGGAUACCGUAACCGCAGAUCGUUGCAGACAUGGUUGCUGCCGCUGGUACCAUGGACAUUGCCAAAGAUGCUGUCCACCUGCUGAGGAGACCCCUGAACAUCGUUGCAGACAUGGUUGCUGCCGCUGGUACCAUGGACAUUGCCAAAGAUGCUGUCCACCUGCUGAGGAGACCCCUGAACAUCGGUGCAGACAUGGUUGCUGCCACUGGUACCAUGGACAUUGCCAAAGAUGCUGUCCACCUGCUGCGGAGACUUGCAGACAUGGUUGCUGCCACUGGUACCAUGGACAUUGCCAAAGAUGCUGUCAACCUACUGAAGCUACAUCCGGAGAUGAGGUUAAAAAUUAAUGCUAAAUAAAUAAGGGCGUGACACAGGAUCCAUGACACCUAUAUUAUUACCUUAAUAUGUUAUGUUGUGUUUGCUUUUAAUGGUUGAUUUCCUAUGUGUGUAAAAGACUUAUGCGGCUUCCCUUUGAAUUGGUGUAGAAUCAACAGGGGAAGCAUGUAAUGAGUACUCAGUUCGAGUGCUCUCUUCUUAUGUUGUUGUCGUGUUGAAUAAAUAAAUCUAUUUGAUCAUCUACUACAAUUGAUGAUCUCUA